CAACGGAUAAAAGUUAGUGCGGUGACAACAGAUAGUUUCGCUGGGAAAUUCAGACGGAAAACUUUAUCAAUGGACUCUGGGGGAUAGGAGACUAAGUACUGUGAUUGCCAUAGGAGUUGGGAAUGCGUUUGUGGUUUGAGGGAGUGACGGGAAAAUAUUGAGGGUGUGCAAAUCAGCGAAAGUCGCCAAAUUUUUCCCCGAAAAUAGAGGAAAGGUGGGGAAAAAAGUGAGUGACAUGGGUGAAUGUGUGAGUCUGGGGGGAGAUGGUGAGUGUCAUCUCUGUCUAAUACUUGGCGAUUGUGCACGAGAUUGAUCCGAGUGGGGAGUACUGUCUCCCUCUCGCUCAUGUUAUCAGUGAGUCGGGUGUUUGUACGAGCGUGAGUGGGAGUGAGAGCAGUGUUGGAUACCAAGUGGCUCUCGCUUGUGCCAACAGAUGGUGUGCAGGAGAGUGGCGCUGUGAGGGAUUUUGGGGAGUUGGGGCAUUAGUGUAUGUGUGAGUUGCAUAGUGACUGUCUCACUCACUCUCCCAUUGUACCCGGUGGCCGACACUCGCCCAACAUCAAUCGUCGUAGGGCCGCCAGCUUGUGUAAAAUGUGCAGCGGUGGCGCAUGUGUGUGCGAUCCAACACACACACCGUGACGCUUCAUUUGAGAAUAUCCCGAAAUAGAGACGCGGCGCGGAAAGUGUCGCUGGUGAGCACCGUCAAUGUUUCGCGGCUCCACAGUUUGUGAAGAACAUUUUAUCCGUUCGGCAGCCGGUCUCUGGUUGCGCGCGCCGCUAAAUUAAAUUUAUGAUUUGUUUUCAUUGUUGUUUAUCAUUGAAUUAUUCUUAUUGCUAUUUCUAUUUACAAAAUCAUCACGGAGGAAAAAGGAGGACAAAAGUCGCUAUUUUGGCGCCAAAGUGAAACAGAAAAAAAAUAAAUUUUAAGGCAUACUGCAACCGAAAAGGAAACUAUUGAAAUUGUUUUCCUGAUUUUACUCCAAAAAAAAAGAUCAGGAAAAGUGAAAAGACAAGUUUUGUGAGAGUAAAAGUUACUUUUCGAAGAAAAAUUCUUUCGGUGAAAAGAACAAUUUUCGGUGACUUUAAAUAAGAAAGACUUUUGGUGAUUAAUUUUUUCCGAUGUGAUUAUUGUGAGGAGACAUUUAUAGUUUAUUUGGUUUUUUAUUUAAAAAAUAAAAUAAAAACCUGUGAUUUGAUUUUUGUUGUGUCCUUUGAGGAUUCUUCAGUGUCUGACUCUCGAAAUCCCAAAAAGGGAUUCGGGAAGUUUUUUCGGAUAAAAAAUUCCGGCUUUUUCGAAAUAAGUGAAAAAUUUCGAAAUUUGACAAUUUUUGGUGUGAACUCAAAAGUAAAGGACAAAAGUGAUUUUCGAAAAUAUUGCAUUUCGGUCUUUUGUGUCUCAAAAAGAGAAUUCCAAAGGAUAUUUUCUCGAGACUAAAAAAAAAACAGCAUCUAGACAAACUUCCUGUGAAUAUUUCAAAUUUUUCGUGGAAAAUUUUGUGACAAAUCUCUGUGGGAGUAAAUAAUUCAGAAAGGCCAAAAACUCCACCAUCCAGUGAUUGUAUCUCUUCCCUCUAAAAUCGAUACUUGCUCCAACAAAAAUUGCACUAUUUCUUCCUAACUGCGUCUCAAGACUGACUUCAACCGAAGGGAAAAUGUGAGCGUUAUGCGAAGCACAGGAAACGACACUUCUUUUUCUCCGCCAUUUUAAUUAUUUAACUGCUAUCGGUGGGAAGAAGGGCAUUCUGGUCAAGAAAACAGCAACACUAAGAUAAAUCGGUUGAAAAGGAUAGAUUUCUCCUCCAAUCGGCGAACAAAAGCUGAGGAUGGCCAUUAAUUUCUCAGCUUCGUUCGCCGCCUGCCUAGCGGCGGGCCUAAAGGUACCCCGUCAGAUAAUGUACUGCAUCUCUCAGGACACAGGAGCUCCCUAUGUCCUAUACAAAGAUUCUCAGGAAGCUGCAGAACGGGGCGCUUUGGCAGCAGGUCAAUGGGGUCCUGAUAUGUAUGCUUCGAUGCAGCAACAGAGUCCGCAACAGGCCCACAUAGCGUCGCAGCAUUCACAAAAUGGCGCCCAACUGGCAAAUGCAGCCCAAGCGGCGGCAGCUCAGGUAGCAGCUCAGCAGAAUGCUGCAGCAGCAGGACCACAGAGUCCUUCUGGGGAUGACAAUGGAGCAGAUCAGGCACACGGGGCACUGUCCAGUCCGGCUAGUAGUCCGUAUCCGCAGCAGCAGCCGACGCAAGAGAUGGAAGAUGACGUAACGAUCUCUCAGGUGAGACCCCUACAACUCAGGCUGACUCCAACACCUCUAGCUAAAAACGUCUUUCUGCAGGUGCCGUCGAUGCAGCAGCACCAACAAUCGCAGUCGCAGAGUUCGGCUGUGAAUCAAGGCGGAGGGAACGCAGGUGGAGGACCGCAGCAGAAUCAACAAAAUCAGACGCAACAGCCAUCACCUGAGCAGAAUAUUGACCUACCCAAUGAUGGACAGAGCCAACAGGCACAGACAGCAUCAGCGACGCAAAACGGAGGACCACCUUGCUUUGAGCCACCUCAGCCCGAACUAGGAGGCUACUAUGCUCCAAGGCACCCAGGAACACCUCAGGGUGCUAUGCUCGGACCUCCAGGCUUUCCACCAUUGCACUACCUGAACAAACCGGGAUUACUUCCGGGUAUGGGAGGAGCUGGUGGUAUGGACCAAGCAACGAGCGCUCUAGACUCGUAUGCAAUGCCCGAUCUCUUGCCUGGAGCCCAUCAGAUGCACCAAAACAACCAAGGAGCUGGCGGGAAGUCCAAGGGUAGUGAUUUGCGUCUCUUCAAGUGUCUCACCUGCGGCAAGGACUUCAAACAGAAGAGUACCCUCCUACAACACGAACGUAUCCAUACAGAUUCAAGACCGUAUGGAUGUCCCGAGUGUGGAAAACGUUUCCGGCAGCAAUCACAUCUCACGCAACACCUUCGCAUCCAUGCCAACGAGAAACCCUACUCGUGUGCGUAUUGUCCGCGUAGCUUCCGGCAGCGCGCCAUCCUCAAUCAGCACCUUCGCAUCCAUUCGGGUGAGAAGCCCUACGCGUGCCCAGAGUGCGGCAAGCACUUUCGCCAGAAGGCCAUCCUCAACCAACAUGUGCGCACCCACCAAGAUGUUUCACCGCAUUUGGUCUUCAAGAAUGGUCCUAUGCCAACGCUAUGGCCCCAGGAUAUGCCCUAUCCGGGUCCGGAGGAUGGACACACGAAAGAUGAACAGGCGAGUGCUUUUGGGGAUGAUGCAUCGCAAGGUGGUGAGUCGAGAGCGUGCUUCUCACCGGAUGGCGCCAAUGGAACCCUCCAAUAUCCGUCGUACUUCAAAGACACCAAAGGUGUCAAUCACUCUGUGUUUGGCGCCAACAUUGGUUCCCUGCAAUACCUGAAGCAGGGCCAGAAGGGCAUGCUGCCCGAUGUGAUCCAGCACGGACGAUCAGCCGGAAUGCCACUGUAUGUGCGAUGUCCCAUCUGCCAGAAGGAAUUCAAGCAGAAGAGUACCCUCCUUCAGCACGGUUGCAUCCACAUCGAAUCCCGCCCGUAUCCUUGUCCGGAAUGUGGAAAACGUUUCCGACAGCAAUCGCAUCUUACCCAACACUUGCGAAUACACACCAAUGAGAAGCCCUAUGGCUGCAUCUACUGCCCGCGAUUCUUCCGUCAGAGGACCAUCCUCAACCAGCACAUUCGUAUCCAUACCGGCGAGAAGCCAUACAAAUGCGCACAGUGUGGAAAGGACUUUAGGCAGAAAGCCAUCCUUGAUCAGCACACAAGGACCCACCAGGUAGGUGACCGUCCAUUCUGCUGUCCCAUGCCAAAUUGUCGACGACGCUUCGCCACGGAACCUGAGGUGAAGAAGCACAUUGACAACCAUAUGAAUCCACACUCCUCCAAGUCCCGCCGCGGUUUGAGUGCAAUGGCGGCUGCGGCAGCUGCUGCGGCGGCAGAAACAAAAGCCACUCCCUUCCUCACCAUGGACAAGCAGACCAAUCUCAUCCCACGAAUGGGUCCUGUGGUCAAGCAUGAGCUCUACUUCCCGCAAUGCUAUGCACCACCAUUCAAUCAGGCCUUUGGCGGACAGCAGCAGGCUCAUGCAGGGUCAGUAGCCACUUCGGUGGCAUCAGUGGUCGCAAGUGUUGCCAGUGCAAAUGCCGCUAGCAACAAUUCAGCUCCCACGGCAAAUGGCGCCACAAAUAACAGUACACCCGUUCCGCCGGCCAAUGGCACAGCUCCGGCCGUGGCUCAGUGACACGUGCCGCCGCCAUUUGGCUUCCGCUAGUUGGAGCACACCUCUACAGGAUGGUACAGCGGCAUCUACUGAGACAAAACUACAAGUGAGUGAAAAGUUAAACUGUGUAAAAUAUGAAUCCAAUAUUUUUUACUUCUUCCAUGAAUUUUAUUUCACUUACAAAAGGGAUUUUUUUAUCGCCAUAUCCCUUGAAAUAGUGAAAUUUUCUUUGUGAGCUAAAUUGUUCAGUUUUGAACAAUUUUUUAUCAUGAGAGAGAGAAAGACAGAUGAAAAAUUACUAAAAGAGAAAAAAUUAUGUAGAACUUCCCAUGUUCUUACAGUGACUUAAAAUAUUUAAUAGCUUAAAAAGCAUUCGUCGUUAAAUGGAAAGAAUUUACUAACUCUUUCAGAAGAUUAAGUAAAAAAAAAUUAAAUAAAUUCUUUUAAAUAGGUUUUUUUUUUCACUUAAAAUUUUCUAGGUAUCUCGGUUUUAGUGAUUUUAUUUUGCAAUUUUUUCUUAGAAGAAAUACCAACGAAAUACUCACAGAAAAAAAAUUAAAUAAAUUAAACUUCCUUUGGAAGAUGAUUUAAAAAUCAUAUUUCUUUUGAGUUGCAAUAGAAAAUUUAUAUCACUUGUCCUCUUUUCGGUUCACGAAAAGCAAGGAUAAAAUCAUAAAUAAAUGAUUAUGAAAAAAUGUGUGAAAAGAUUCGUUAAGAUAUUUCUUAAGAUUUUAACAAUUAAACUUCCAAUAUUUCUUAGUGAUUUAGUGAUCUCUUUGUAAUUUAAUAUCAAAUAGUUUGAUUUUUUUCUGAUAAACUAAGCAUUGAAUUUAAUAUCAUUAGAAAAGGAAACGUAGCAGUGAAGUAUAUCUCAUUAAAACGAGGAUUAUCGAUUGCCCCAAGAAGUCAAGAGAGAAUUGAUGAAUAAAACUGCAAGAAAUUAUCAAUUUUGUGCCUCAAAUUUUUGAGCAAAAGAUUACAGCAAAAAAAAUCUAAUAAAAGUUGAAAUAAACGUAACGCAAACAAUUGCAAAAUGGAACAGAAAAAUACUCAAAAAUUAACAAAGUGAUUUUUUCUAAAAAAUAAAAAAAACAUAAUUGGUAAAAGAAAUUGACGAUUGAGAAGUAAUGAUAGAGAUGAAAUAGUUCUAAACUUGAACAUAUAAACGAAAUAAAUAAAACCGCGAUAUUGUUAAAAACUACUAAAAAAAUAAAAAUAAAAAAAUAAAAAUGGAAAUAGAGAAACAUAAAAACCACCCAAUUCAGAACCCACAUUUUAAAACUAUAGCUUCCAUUAACUUUAAAAAACAAAACAUUUUACAAUAUGAAAUAGAAUAAACAGAGAUUGAAAUAGUUGGGGGAGAAAAGCAAAAAAAAAAAUAGAAAUGGAGAAAAUAUUACAGAAUAUAACACAGAAUGGUGCUAUUUUUAUAUGACAGUUAUUAAUUGAAAAUAAAACAAAGUUUUUUAAAAAAAAAGAAGAUAAAAACGCAAAGCCAUUUUAUUUUUUAAAAUAAAACCAUAAAUAAAAUAGGAAUGGAAUACUUUUUUACAAACUCACAAUAUGUCUUUACAAAUCUUUCUCUCUUUUUGACCAUUCAACCAUGAUCAAAAAAAAAACUGCAGACACUUAAAAAAUGAAAAA